CAUCUGCGAGGAGCUCCAGGAAACAACAAUAAUAAUAAUCAGAAAAUAUAUUUCGAGCAAGGCAACGUUUUUGUGCCUCUGAGGUGUGUUUUCCUCACCUGAGUGAAUCUACCGGAGUCACCUGUCGGAGCGGUGUCGUCAGUCCAGCAUUUUUUUAAAACCUGCAGUGAAGUCAUGGCCAGUGCUCCAAAAGGAUGUGGUCCCAGUAUCAGCUCCAUAUAUUACAACCUGUGUGACCUGACUACAGUGUGGGGGGUCGUGGUGGAGGCCGUGGCUGCUGCUGGUGUGGUGACUUCCUUUGUACUGUUCAUCAUCCUCAUGGCCUCAUUGCCCUUUGUGACAGACAAGAAGAGGAAGGGUAUGGUGGCCCUGCAGGCUGGCAUUCUAAUCUUUACUCUGGGACUCUUUGGACUCACUUUUGCCUUCAUCGUGGGUCGCUACACCACCAGCUGUGCUGCACGGAGGUUCCUCUUUGGAGUAUUGUUCUCAGGCUGUCUAGCCUGCCUGGUGAUGCAUGGGUUGUGGCUCGCCCUGCUUCAGCGGCGUGGUCGGGGGCCCAGGAGCUGGAUGUUAUGCCUGGGAGCUCUGGGUCUGUGGUUGGUUGAGGUGAUCAUCAACACUGAGUGGCUUGUCAUCACCGUGGUCAGGAGCCCGCCUAGUGGCGUCAUUGCCCCCGACCUGUCCUGCAGCAUUGCAAACAAGGACUUUGUGAUGUCUCUGAUCUACGUGAUGGUUCUGCUUCUGGCUGUACUCCUGAUGUCUGUUCCCUCACUGACACACAAGCACAAGCAAUGGCGCCGAGAUGGAGCUCUAAUCCUGGUCACAGGGCUCUUCACCUUGGCGAUCUGGGUAGUUUGGAUUGUCAUGUACAUCCAUGGGAACGGAGUGAUCGGGAAUCCCAGCUGGGACGAUCCUACUUUGGCUGUAGCUUUGGUGUCAAACGCAUGGGUCUUCCUUUCCUUCUACACCAUCCCAGAAAUCUGCUUGCUGACCCAGGAGAACCCAGACCAGGAGCAGCCACAUGAUGGAGAUAAUGUUUAUCCCGCCAGGAGCCUGGUUUAUGACAACAUCCUCAAGGAGCAGGAGCCACCCCAACACAACGUGUACAUGGAGAAUAAAGCCUUCUCUAUGGAUGAGCCUCCAACAGUACCAACAAAGCCCAUGUCUCCAUAUGCUGCUUAUAAUGGUCAGCUACGAAGUUGUGUGUACCAGCCCACUGAAAUAGCCCUGAUUGCCAAGGGUCUGACAAAGAUGGAACAAGACAUGAUGAUCCCAAGAGCCAGAGCCCCAUCUUUGAAUUCAGGAAGUGGCAGCUCCCUGCCUCGUUCAACCGAGUCCUUACCCUCCUAAGGACUAUCACACGCUCGGAUGUUACAGCCAUGAAAUAAGUCUCCACCAGGGGUUUGUUUUACCCUCAGAGUUCCUAUCUUCUCUGUCCUGUAUGCACAGAAGCUCAGUGUCAUAAAUUAAAAGAUUAGAAAGACAAUAUUGGGAAUGGGCAGCUUAUGAAGGCUAAUGCAUACAUAGCCAAAAUUAUUUUCAUUUGGAAAGUUGCACCUCAUCUACUCUGUUACAUUUCCAUGGCAACCAGCAUCCUAACCCUUUUACUUUCAAUGACAAACCAGCUUUGCUCACUUGUAGCUUCACUCCCCAAAAACUUAAUGAUUUAAGAGAAAGAGUGGCAUCAGCGUAUGUCUUUGGGAAGCAUUUCCUUCACUUUCUAGCUAAGAGAAAGACCAAAAACUGUUCGGUCUCUGCUCUCUGGAACAAUGUAUAAAAUGUUAAGGUGACAGUACAGAUUAGCUACAGAAAGUUGAACAGUCUAUAAUUUAGCUGAAAAGUUGUUAUUGUGUUCUCACCAAUAUGUUUUGCUCUUAUCACAAAUAUGCUGACUGUAAUUUGCUGUGAAAUCAUGUUGAGAUUCAGACUUCCUCUGAAAACUGUAUGAUUCUGUAGUCUUGGACUUAUGAAAAUGUAACUUUA